GGAGGUGUCUGGUCCAGCCGGGGUGCCCAUAGAAGCGGCCCACCUUCAUGGUCGGCCGAGACCAUCCAGUCGACCACCGGCGUUCGCGUGAAAUACUCUCACCUGGUGCGAAAGUGCACAGACCACUUGAUUUUUUGAACGUUUGUUGUGUUAUUUGUGUUGUUGGUUUCGUUAGACGUCCCCCAUCAGCAAAGAUAAAAAUAAAGGGCCAUGUCGGCCGAAACAACUAGAGACGUGUCUUCGAUCCAAGACGAAGAUGUUUUACGUAAAAUGUGGCAAGAGACAGAAGAUUUCGGAAAGAAGAAAGAGAUACGUUCGCACAUGUACAAACUAAGGGAACAACGUUUACGAGAAUUUUACAAUAACGGCGAAGUCAGCACAGAAAUACACACCAGCUCCACGACCUCUGAAGGCAAACCGUGCAACAAACCCACCCAUGCAGAUUCUUUGGCAGACCACAGCUUCCUCAGCUUGAAAAGCAAGGAGAUCAGGGACUCCGAAUCACCCACCAGAGACGUAAGCUAUAAAAUCACAGACAAGCAUAAUGACCAAGGAUGGCAAGUCGUUACCUCCAACGAAAGAAGCGCUGACGGAAAAUCACACGUGACGAAAAGAUUGGCCACUACCUCAGGUAGUGACAAAAUAGAAGGCGGCAAAGUAGACUACGCGGCUAAAAACGAACAAUUAGCCAGCGUUUACCAGGAUGGCGACGAUAAAAACUUCAUCAAAUCAGUCGGCGCUCAGUCGAACACAGUUAUCAAACAAGAAGCUGUUGGUGGUGAUGAUAACAGCAAUUUCAGAUCCACUUCCUCGAAAACUUCAUCUUCUUCUAGAGUCGUCACUGAACAAAGGUCUACCAGUGGUGAUACUUACCAACCCUUACCUUCAAACGUUGAGCAAACAGCAAAAACUGUUACCACGAAGGUUUAUACUGACAACAUACCGAGCGAACUGAAGAACCAUCCAGGUUAUGUAGAAGGAAAGACUAAGGUCACGCGUGAAACGAAGACUUUGCCAGAUGGCACAACUGUUACCACAACGAGAUACGAAACCAGAGGAGGAAACACUUCUCAGUCUUCGACCACAAACAAAUUUGAAUCUACUGUUAGUAGUUCUAAUCAGCAAACUUCUUCGUCGAAAACGUCUCAAGUUCAAAGUUCGAAGACAAGUGAUCAGAGACAAAUUAGAGAUAAUUCCAAAGCUAUGGAAUACAUCACAGAUUCUAGGCCCAUCCCAGAGUACACGGUUCAAGUAAUAAAAGGUCAAAACGAUGAUAUUGCAUCUACAAAUAGAAAUCAGAAGUUUACUGAUGAAUUCGUUGAUACUAGAGUCAAUAUAGUGAGAGACCAGUCACAUCACACAAAUACCAGUCAAAAGGUUCAUAGCGAAAGAAAAGUAAAUGUAGUCAGAGAACAUCGCGAUAAUGUAGAUAUCAAACAGCAAAAUUUUGUUGACGAACAUAGAAAUAUCGAUGUGCAGCAACAUUUUGAUAAUAAAGUGGUGAGGAAUCAAAACAGAAACGACGAUUUUGUCGACAGAAAGGUGCAGUUGGUGACAGAAAAUUACAAUAACAAAGACAACGUAAGCCAAAGUUUUGUUAAUGAACAAAUCGAAAGAAGAAUAAACGUGGUAAGGGACGUAAACGAUCAAGAUAUAAGAAACCAAAAGAUUGUAAAUCAACAAGUUGAAAGGAAUGUUAAUAUUCACGUGACGAAACAUAUUUCUGAUGACGUAGAUGUCCAGAAUAAAGACAUCCGCAAUGAACGGGUGAUAGUGGACGUGGUACCUAUAGACGACAAAGGCAGUACCAGAACUAUCACCAGAACUACUACUACUGUAAAACAAGAACCUCUUGUAGUGCCCAUAGAUAAUAAGGACACAAAAACCAUCACGAGGACAACAAUAAUAAAACAAGAACCAGUUGAAAAUGUUACACACACUACAACCACAACUACUGUACGCAAGGAAGUACACGACACCAGAGACCACAACAAGAAGAUUGAUGACCAGUUUAUAAGCACCGAACGUCAACACGAAAUAGACACCAGGAAAACUGUGGAAAGUAAGCCACGUGAGCCAAGUCCGGGAAAGAAAGCUAUAAGACCAACUGAGCCCAGUCCUGUUAGACCUCAAAGUGAACAACCCCAGCCUUACGAACAAUCUCCUUCAAAACCAAAAGAGCAACCUCAAAGUUAUGAGCAACCUGAGCGACGUCAGCCUAUCAAACCAGGCAAAUCGGAAAUAGAUCAGCCAAGGAAACCAACUGAUGGACAGUAUGAAACCACAUACAGAACAGACUUUACAAACAAAAAGAUUAGCGUGGAGGUGAGUCCCACUCAUGAUGCUUUCGCGCGUUCUCUGAGAGCUGUUACCCCAGAAAGAACCCCAAGCAAAUGUUCGACACCUACUAGAGAUGGUACUAGAAGUCUCAGAACAAGCACUAAUUCGUUAAGAGGCAGUACCAGCCCUGAGAAAAAUAGGUAUCCCACAAGGUCAUCUCCCGACCGUCAACCUCGAGACAGAAGCACCAGCCCAAGAAAGUCAACAGACAGAUUUUCUAGCUCUGAAACCAUUACUUACAAGUCUAAUAGAACUAGCCCAGAAAAAACUCCCGUUAAAAAAAUACCAUCGCCUGAACGCUUGGUCAAAUCGACAAUUACCGCGAAAAAAACAAAUGAUGAUAAUGUUACUGUUACAAGGAAAACUAAAACAGACACUCAUAAUACAGACACAAUCACACGCAAACAAAAAGUUGUCACUAACGGAUCUACAACAACUGAUGAUAUAGAUACCAGUACCAUCACUCGACGUAAAGUCAAACCGAGGUCAAGGUCUCCUUCUCCUACGUCGACUGUAGCAAGCGACAUAGAAUUUAUCAGAAAUGUACACGAUAUGGUCACAGAUCUAGACGACACAACUGUAACCACCAAAAACUUUAUAAAUCAACAGGAUAUCACAGAAAAAGACACUAGACCAACCAGUCUAGAAAUAACAACUAAGAAAACAAAGAAAGUUACUGAUAGAUCGCCCACAUCACCUUUUACCAAGUCACCAACAAAAGAAACACCAAGAAGGAGCAGUUUAAAAUCACCAACUAAAGAACCUUCGGAAAAACAACCGCGCUACUUCUCGCCCGAUGAGAGACCUUUGAAAAGGACCGAUACCUACGAAGAAAGGUGCCGACAAAUUCUUGGUAUAACUGAAACAAACGAAAAGAGAAGAGGGAGCUUGGAGAAACCGUCUAUAAAAAGACCAUUUACUAAAGAUAGUGUUGGAUCACCUGUCACUGAUACACCCAAGAGAACCAUUCAGUCUCCAGAAAAACCAUCCACAAAAGCGACUCCAGAAAAGAAAAGUCCUACGAAAGACAAACCAAAUGUACAAGAAUUUCCCUCGCAGACUAGGAAGUCACCUGUUAAGGAACCUUUAGAGAAGUACCCCGAGAAGAAAAGCCCUACUAAAACUGCUCCAAGUGUUCCAGAGUUCCCAUCACAAGUCAGGAAAUCUCCUCAGAGAGAACCAUUGGAAAAAUAUCCUGAAAAAACAUCGCCAACUAAGUCAGCACCUACUGUGCCUGAAUUUCCGUCACAAGUGCGUAAAUCCCCUCAAAAAGAACCUUUAGAGCCUUAUCCAGAAAGAAAAAGCCCUACUAAAGAUGCUCCUAAGGUAUCAGAGUUUCCAUCCCAAACUCGUAAGUCUCCGCAAAAAGAACUUUUAGAGCCUUAUUCAGAAAGAAGGAGCCCAACUAAAGAUGCUCCUAAGGUAUCAGAGUUUCCAUCUCAAACUCGUAAGUCUCCGCAAAAAGAACCUUUAGAGCCUUAUCCAGAAAGAAGGAGCCCAACUAAAGAUGCUCCUAAGGUAUCAGAGUUUCCAUCUCAAACUCGUAAGUCUCCGCAAAAAGAACCUUUGGAGCCUUAUCCAGAAAGAAGGAGCCCAACUAAAGAUGCUUCUAAAGUAUCAGAAUUUCCCUCACAAAUUAAGAAGUCUCCUGAAAGAGAACCAUUAGAACCGUAUCCAGAAAGAAACAUCCGUACAAAAGAAGGUCCAAAAACAUCAGAAUUUCCAUCCCAAAUUAGAAAAAGUCCAGAAAGAGAACCUUUGGAGCCUUAUCCAGAAAAAAUUAUACCCAAUAAAGAAGGUCCAACAAUUUGCGAAUUUCCUUCUCAGAUAAGAAGUUCGCCAGUAAGGGGGCAUUUGGAAUCAUAUCCAGAAAAAGUAAGUCCUACAAAAGAUAGUCCCAAAGUCUCAGAAUUCCCAUCACAGAUUAGAAAAUCUCCAGAAAAAGAGCCUAUGGAACCUUAUCAUGAAAAAGUUAAGCCAACCAAAGAAGGCCCAAUAGUUUGCGAAUUCCCCUCCCAAGUAAGAAGAUCUCCAGAAAAAGAACUUUUAGAGCCAUAUCCAGAAAAAGUAAGUCCUACGAAGGAAGGGCCCAAUGUCUCAGAAUUUCCAUCACAGAUUAGAAAAUCCCCAGAGAAGGAACCUCUGGAACCAUAUCCAGAGAGAAAGAGCCCUGUAAAGGAAGGUCCAAAAGUAUCAGAAUUUCCUUCUCAAAUUAGCAAAUCUCCAGAAAAUCAACCUUUGGAGCCUUAUCUUGAAAAACAAAAGCCUAUUAAAGAGGGCCCUGGAAUAUGUGAAUUUCCUUCACAGAUAAGAGAAUCGCCAAAGAAAGAUUUAUUAGAACCAUACCCAGAUAGAAAACGCCCUACAAAGGAAGGUCCGAAUAUAUCAGAAUUCCCAUCUCAUAUCAGAAAAUCUCCAGAAAAAGAACCUUUAGAGCCUUAUCCAGAAAGAACAAGACCUGGAAAAGGAGAACCAUUCGAAACCCAACCAAUUGAUAAAUUACCGUCACAAGUUAGAAAAUCUCCACAAAAGGAACCAUUGGAGGCCUAUCCGGACAAGGUAGCGCCUCAGAAAUCUAAACCAUCGGUUGAAGAGUUCCCUUCACAGACUAAAAAGUCACCCCAGAAGGUGACAAAAGUCCCAUACCCAGAAAGGAAAUCGCCAGAGAAAGAAAAACCAAUAGUGUCUGAAUUUACUUCUCAAAAACCUAAAGGAAAAGAACUUGUCUCAGAAAUGAAGCCAACCAAAAAGGAACCUGCUGACACAUACCCGGAUAGAGUCUCAAUUAUAAGAAAUAAAUCACCAGAAAAACUACAACCGCAAUAUCCCGGCAAAAAACUAAAACCAAAGAAACCUAGAGAUCACAGUACCGCAUCUUCAGAUAGUUCCACGGAGGAAGACGAAAUCGAAGAAACUGUUACAGAGACGAAUGUAACAUAUUUGGAAAAUACAAUACCAGUUGAAGAGCCUCUUGUUAUAAAAAAGUUUAUAUCACCGUUAUGCCGUGAGGAUGAGGUGGAGAGGACUGACAUAACCAAGAAGAGCACUAAAGAGUUGAUCGAACAAGAAAUAUUAGAAAACGAGGUUACCAGAAGCAAAACCGUUAAGAAAGAUCAGCCUAGAACUCAGCCUAAAAAGGACACACCUAAGAAGCCUGGAACCACAGACUUUAUUAGCACCGAACGUACUCAUACGACAGUUACAACAACAACCAAAAAAGAUAUGCCCCGUGAAAAAUCUCCAUUAAAGAAACCAGUAUCUGAAACUCCACUUGAAAAGAAGCCAAGUAAAUUUACUACUACUAUUACAAAAACUGUCAAAAAGGAAACACCGAAAACUCCUACUAAAAAACAAGAGAUACACAGAGUGGAAAAGACUAAAUUUAUAGGUCAAACUGAGUAUACAGAUGAAUAUUCCAGACCCAAACCAAAAGCAAGUCCCACAAGAAAGCCACAAAGGCCUUCAGAAAGAAUUACUCUACAAGACAUUGAAAGAAUGUACGAUCAAAUUGAAGACUCAAAGGUACACAUCAGAACUCAUAGAAUUGAUGACACCAUCAACAAAAAAACUGUAGUUGCAAACAUAACUGUAAAUGGAGAUAUAACCAGAAAAGUGAAACCAAAAGAUUCUCCUAAAUAUCCUUCCAUCGGUUCUCGAGCACCAACCGGUCCAAAAUCAACAGUACCCAGUUACAUGUCUCCAUCUAGAAGACCAACAUCGACUAAACCUGAUGAUCAAAAACCCAAGACUACAACGACUACAUCCCGGUAUAUUACUACUGCUAAGAAAGACAUUAACGUUACUGAUCAAACUAGUAGAGUCAGAACAACUAGACCUACAGUAACAACUAGUACAACAACCAUCAGGAGAACUAUAAACGUUGCGAGUCCUUCACCCAAACCAAAAUCAACAAAACCAGAAGAAGUAACACCAAAAAAACAUAUUGUCACAACUACGAUCACGGUGACACCAAAAGCAAAACCUGUGACUUCAAAACCCACCACGAGAACUGUAACGACAAAAACUACCACCACCCGUACUAGUGAAGUGUCUCAACCUAAAUCAAAGACUCCUAAGGCCGACACUCUUCAGAAUGGUGACAUUUCUUCGGAAACGGAGGAAGAAUCUGUUGUAGAUAGUUUGGAAGACUUAACCAUUAAGCGAAGAAGAGACAAAACAACAGAGAAAAUAGACACGAAAGUCACAAGAACCGUCACUGACAAAACAACACGUAAAACACCCGUGAGAGAGUAUUCUCCAGAAAAAGUUCCUACAGAUGGGAAACCUGGCAAAAGAUCGGAGAAAUGCAUUACAACUAAAACUGUUAUUAUUAACAAUAAAGGCACAGAAGACCGGGAAUUCAUAGUUGACCUGCAAAGAUCUAAAUCGUCAAGAGAACCGACCCCUGACAGACUUUGUCCCGUACCUUUAUCUUCUGAUGAAGAUUGUGGAAUCCCCAGAUAUCCUGAUGAAGUUGUUGAACCAGAGGAUGGAAGCUUACGAAGAAAGCCUAAAAAAUUAUCAGACAUACCUAUAAUGGAGAGCGAAGACACUACAGAGUUCACAAGAAUCACUGAAGUCAAGGAUACCAAGAAGAUAACGGAAGUCGACAAAGUAGAAGAAACAGACGAAAGCCUACUAAGCGUUAACAAAAAGAUAAGCAAAUUCUUAGACACUGCCGGCAAGCUGACCAAGGAACCUUUGAAAUCGACUGGACCAGCGCCAAAAAUCACUCGCCCUAGUUUAGAGGUAACAGAGGACUUGGAAGAAGACGAAUGCCUCCUAAGUGUAUCGGAUAAGGUUAGCAAAUUCAUAACGACGGCCGAAAAGUUGAUCACCCCUCAACAGUUGCCAGAUAGACCUAAAAGUCCAAAGUGUCAGUACUACUUCGAGGACGCCACUGACUCCGAGCAUACUCGAAAAGUUUCCGAGAAGGUUUCGCAGUAUAUGAACUCAGCAAAAGAAAUAAGUCAGCCAAAAAGGCCUACUCAAGUGCCCAGACCCGACGUAGACGAGAACAUAAAAGAAGAUGAUUGCUUAUUAAGCGUUUCUGAAAAAGUUUCCAAGUUCAUAUCAACUGCUGAUAGAUUAACUAAUACUGAAUUAAAGAAACCUGUCAGUUUGUCCAAAAUCGAUUUAAAACCAAAAGAGGAACCCUCUAGAAAGUCACCUGAAAGGAUGUCCCCCGAAAGAAAGUCUCCCGAAAGGAAAUCCCCUGAAAGGAAAUCACCCACUAGAUUCGUGCCUUCAGAGUUUGUUCAAAUAGAUAGGCAGGAAACAACGUACACACGUAAGCCAUCUUAUUCGCCAGAAAGAUAUUCUCCUACAAGAAGGAGUCAAUCUCCACGACAGGAAGAUAAAACUCCUCCAAGAAGACCUUCGAAUCAGUAUAGUAGCAUUAAUAAAAGUGAAACAAUAGACUCAAAGUAUUCAAGAAGAGAUAGUUCGCCCAAAUAUACAGACACAACGCCAAAAUCUGGAAGAAGACCCUCACAGGAAGAACCAAAACCUGUUCUCAGUCCUACUGGCAGACUGAGGAGCACAGAAACUAUCAGAAAGGCCAAAGCGCUGUUUGAAAAUAUAAGUAAAGAGAAGGAAACAACCACCAAGCAACGCGAUAUCCUCAGCAGACCUUCAGUCUUCGAAGGAAGGAAACCGCAAAAACCUGAUGAUAAAGACACUAGGUCUCCUACUAGAGAUACUGCACCGCGUAAGCGACUGAGCUACUCAGAUGAAGAAGAAGAAGAAAAAACCACUACGACCUCUCAUAAAAUCUACACAACCUCUAGAAGUGAUGAUUUGAAGUCUACAAAGCUGGUCCUAGAAAAAAUACGUACGUCUCCUGAAAAAGACCGUUCCAGAUCAAAAUCCCCUGAAAGUAUCACUUACAGACCUAGAGAACGUGAAUCGACGCCUGAUUACAGUGACGUUCCUCACUAUAUGUUGCCUCUAGACAGAAGUUUGAGACCUAAUAGUCCCCAUAGAGAAAACCUUACGAGGCCCAUUACACCUACCAGUCAUCCAGUCCAACCACACGAUAGUGAUGAUCUGAAGACUAGUAAAUUUGGAGUUACCUUGAAGAGAACCGACUCUGGUAGAGCUCUCACUACAACAAGCACAACCACCACUACGUCCACUGAACGCAGAAGGAGCGCUAUUACUUUGGAAAAACGUAUCACCGAAGAAGAGGUAGAAGAAAUAUUUGAUUUAGAGAUUCUGGAAGAACUGUUGGAAAAAGUUGUGGGAUAUGACCUGCGAAGGAAGAUCAGAGCGCAAAUCCGUUUAGUUAAAAAACUCAUCUCUGAAAAUAAGCUAUCAACUUACGUGGGGAAGAGAAUCAGUACCGUUCGCGAUAUAAGCAGGGAGAGCAGUCCAACUAAGGUAAAACCCCAAUCUCCCUACGACGGUACUCCAAAAAGUGACACAAAAAGAGUCACAGAGUAUCAGUCCAAAUUCACCAAGAAAACAAGCCCGGAACGAAAAGUUGUCGACAACAAACUCUACCAACAUACUGACAUCACCAACAGACAAGAAGAAACAAGAAGUUCCACGGAGUACCAAAGCUCUUAUGCAUACAGUGAAAGACGUACCUCCUCAGAAUAUGCAAGCAAAGUCACCAGAAGAAGCCAAAGCCCUGACACUAAGCCGCAGCGCGAAAGAAGUCCAGACAAAGCCUCCAAACCGACAAGAACUAGCCCCGAUAGAAAAACUACGACGAAAACAGAUACCAAGAAAACUUUUACACAGCUGAAGAAGACCGCCCCAGUUUCAAAACCCGUCGACGACGACAAACCCGAGUGGGUGAGGCAAAGAAACCUGAGGAAGACUUCCGAAACAUCCGUGCCUACAACCAAGAAAGUUACAAGCACUACGACCACAACUAGGAAAGAAACCACCAGAUCUAGUCCUCCUAAAGAACGAAAGCCGACCGAUUUGAUAACAUCCAGCUAUGGCGUCGGUCCAACCGACGAGAACGGCACGCCACUGUUCGGACUGAAGGCGCUGAGGGCGCAAAACAAAACUAGCACAACAAAAGUUCAAGGAACGGUGAUAACCAGCGAAUACUACUCGAAGAAUGGUGGCGAACCGGUUGGACAAGUGAGCGUGACGAAAUAUUCGACCGACCCUCGAGAUCUAGGCACCGACGAUGACACUGUCGAUAACAAAGGAGUAACCAGCGUAACGACGACGCAGAAAUUCGGGUACAAAGACACGCCGUCUCUGCGAACCCUUACUAACAAGAAAAAGGAAAUUACCGGCACAGACGACACAACCACAACCACAACCACGAAAACUACAAAAGUGGCGCGUAAAAAUUCUGUCAAGGCCCUAUCUCAGAAGUUUAUCGAAAAUGCGGUGGAGACCUUGAAGAGUGAAAGGCAAACAACCUAUCCCAAGGCAGGCUUGAUUUUGCGUACUUCCAGCUUCAAGGACUCUGGCAGUGGCACUGACGAAAGCAGAGAGACAUCACCUGCAAAUCGCGAAUGCGACAGCACAGUAACUGUCAGAACGUCUACCACCAGGACGGUAGGUGGCGACACUUUCCUGACCAAUAAGAACAGGGUGUCCGGAGUCAAGGACGUGAUCAGCAGGAUGAAGACCGAGGAUUACCAGGAAGGCGACACGGAAGAGGAUAUCGAAGCAAGGGGAUUGCUUAACAAGUUCAUCGGCUCUCAAGUCAUCCUUUCUGGAAUGGAGUCCAGGACCUCCUCGAAGACGACCUCCGUUUCUCCGACUAGCACAGUUAGGAGGUCGACGAAGAUUACGACAACAGUGACGGAGGGUGGGAAACCUAUCACAAAAACAAGAGUUUUCCAACGUCCUAUAACAGAAGAAGAAUUAGAGACUGUUUGGGACGAACAGACUCUACGUCUUUUGCUUGAACAGAGCACCGACUACGAGGAGCGCCGCUUAAUCAGAGCCAGACUCCGACAGGUCAUGGCGGAACAAGAAGCUUGUACAGACCUGGUCGACAAGGCUAGCCAGGAGCAAACAGGCGGACAGAUAGACGAAAAUGUCAUCACUACCAAAAAGACUGUUACCGAAGGCCCUGCCACUACUACACAAGUUACGACUCAACAACAAGUGGCUAAGAAACCUUUGUCCCCAUUCGCCAAAUUUCGGCAACUGGACAAGCAGAACAGCCUUAACACCCCUCCAAGUACCCCCGGUACCCCAAAGACCUUCGGCAGCGGCCCCCUCUUUAAAUUCACUGAUCCGGCCGUGAGCCAAUCCGCUAGCACCAUCAAAGAUCGGCUCUUGUUUUGGUGUCGAAUGAAGACUAAGGAGUAUGAGAACGUUCAACUAGACAACUUCUCCAGCAGCUGGGCAGACGGACUAGCCUUUUGUGCCCUCAUUCAUCAUUUCUUGCCAGACGCUUUCGAUUACAGUGCGCUCACGCCAAAAGACCGAAGAAAAAAUUUUGAGCUAGCCUUCAAGGUUGCCGAUGAAAAGGCUGAUAUUUUCCCUCUACUUGACGUGGACGAUAUGAUGGCCACAAGGAAGCCUGACUGGAAAUGCGUCUUUACCUACGUCCAAUCCAUCUACAGGCGUUUUAAAGAUGAGGAGAUUUAAGUGUCUAGUCCCUAAGUUUUGUACUCAGUUUAUUUAUAGAAAGUAAAUUUGUAUAGAUUAUGUAUUCUUUGUACAUACAUAUAAACUUUAAAAGUUCCUAAUCUUCAAUAUUAGAAACGUUUAAAUUGAGUACAAAGGUAUUAUGAAAUUAUAAAAUAUAACUAAUUGUUACUUGUUUUUGUUAAAAUUUUUGUAUUGUACUGUGGUGCUUAUUAUCUGUUUUAAUUGCUCUGUGAUUUGCACUAUGAGAAUUUUCAUUAUGGCAUUUUUUUAUAAUUUAGUUACAGGAUCUCUUAGUUUUGAUUUCGAUCCUGAAGGUGAUAUUUUGUAUCUGCCCGGCUGUUUUUUUUUACUGUUACUUUUAUAUAUAUUUGCUAAGUUUUUUAACUUAUAAAUGCUUAUUUAUUUACUUACAUUUAUUUUUACAAAGGGUUGUUGCUUUUCGCCAUGUGGUUGUUAACAAGUGUCAUAUUACCAUUUAUCCAAACAUUUUAUGAUAUUGUAACAAUUUAUUGGUUCCAUAAAUGUUUCUCUGGGGAACUGUUAAUAAUAUUUUGCAAUAUUUCGCCUACAUGCGUAAAAGACAAUAAUCUGAGAACUUUAAAUAUGAAAGCUAUGUGCCUUAUGUAAUAUCUUUAUAUAUUUUAUAAAUGGAUUUAUAUACAUCUAACAAAUAAAUACAUAUAUAGCAAUAUA